AUGGACGGCCUGGAGACGCAGCUCUCCGUGCUGUACUGCGCGACCUUCACUGUCAUAUGCUGCAUAAUGCUGAGGAUGGAGGAAGGCGGCCUGGCGCUGCUGGCCGUGCUGGCGUACGGGGCCAUAUUCGGAGCACCCAUGGCGAGCUUCGUGAAGCGCGACAUCAGCCAGGAGGGAGGCGGGCACGUGGCCUGGGGCGUCAUGCAGGCCUCCGUGGCGGUGGCGCUGGUGGCAGUGAUGGCCCUCAGGGUAUGGAACGACCGCCGGGCGCGGGCCGCGCCCACCAGGGCGGGCCAGGAAGCGCUCCCUGUGAGGGGAAACGAGGCGGCGAGCCAGGGCAAGAGGCUGCUGAGCCAGGAGUGCGGACCCGAGAGUGUGCCCGCGCCUGCCGAGGACUGGUCGCAUAUGCCCGUGGCGCUGAUGGGCCAGGUUCUGCGGGGGCUCGCCCCGCCGGAUUGGAGGUCCAUAAGGCUUGUUUGUGGGGAGUGGCUCGCAUCAUCGGGAAACAACCUCUCAUGCCUGCAGCCGUCAAGAUUCAUACCCUCCAGAAUCGUGGAGAACUUCCCAUUGUUGCAGGAAUUGGACCUGCACAAGUGCACAGAUGAGGUGGACAUGGAAGGCCUCAAGUGCCUGCAGCCACUGAAGCAACUCGAGGUGCUGGACAUGGGGAAGGACCCCAAAUUAGUGGCAUCGGCCAUCGAUGACACUUGCAUCGAGGCACUCCUGGAGCUGAAGAAGCUGCACACGCUGAACCUCUCCCAGUGUGUUCAUGUCACCAAUGCAGGGCUGGAGCUGCUUGCCAGGGUGUCCACGCUGACGUCCCUGAGCAUCAGCGGCUGCGUGGCGGUGACCGACACCGGCCUCGCGCAGCUCUCCCGCCUGGCCGGCCUGCGCCGCCUGGAGGUGCCCUGGUGCCUGAAGAUCAGCGACGCCGGCAUCCAGUCCCUGUCGCGCCUCGCUGGCCUGGAGGAGCUCAACCUCAGCGGCUGCCAGCUCAUAUCCGAAGAGGGCAUUUGCGGUCUGUCGAUCUUCACGGCACUCCGGUGUUUGAAUCUUCUCUACACGGGCGUCAAGCGGGCCUCGGUCUCCGACCGCGCCCUGGCGGAGCUGGCUUGCCUCACGGACCUGCGCCAGCUGACCAUUGGAGGCAUGCAGCUGCGGGGCACGCGCGUGAGCGACGCGGGGCUCAAGAUGAUCGCGAGCAACCACAGGCGGCUCACCCGCCUGUCGCUGAUGUGGCUCAACGUGGGCGACGAAGGCUUGCUGGCGCUCACGGACCUGCCCGAACUGCGCGCGCUGGUGCUGCGCGGCUGCACGCGGGUGACCGCGGAAGGCGCGCGCCACCUGGCGGUGCUACCGCAGCUGCAGGACGUCAACCUGCUCAGCAACCCCUGGCUGGACGUCACUGACGACCUGAUAGGAAGCUUACGCUGCCUGACGGGCCUCCAGUCCCUGCUGCUGGGGGACAUGCACGACGGGAACCUGGUCACGGACACCGGGAUCGAGUCCCUGGCGGAGUUCAGGGACAUGACGAGCCUGAGCCUGGCGUUCUCCCGCUGGGAGUUCGCGGGAGACGCCCUGACGCCCCUGCUGUGCCUCACCGCGCUGUCGUCCCUCGACCUGCAGGGCUGCAGCAGCGUGAACGACGCCACGCUGCGCGUCGUGGGCAAGCUGGCGUCGAUCGACUGCCUGCAGCUCAGCCGGUGCGAGAAGGUCACCGGCAGGGGCGUGCGCCACCUGGCGCCCCUGUCCCGCCUGGAAUCGCUCUCUCUCGGCCAGUGCCACAGGGUCGACGACGAGGGUCUGGAGGCGCUGCACGACCUGACCAGGAUGUCGGCCCUGACCCUGUCCGGAUGCCUGCAGCUCACCGACGGGGGCAUCGCCAGCCUGUCCAGGCUCAGCCGGCUGCAGUUGCUGGACGUCUCGGGAUGCGAGCGCCUGUGCGGGGUCGGUUUGGGCGCGCUUGGCGGCUCGCCGCUCAAGGUGCUCAACCUGGGCGGCUGCAGCGGCCUGACGGACGAGGGCCUAGCGGCGAUGGCCGGCCGCCUGCAGUCGCGCGCUCUCACGCGGCUGGACAUGUGCUACUGCGGGCUGGUGACGGACGCGGGCGUGGCGGCCGUGGGCGCGCUGACGUCCCUGACAGGUCUGGACCUUGCCUAUUGCUGCAAUGUGGGGGACCCCCCCAUGAGAGUGCUGUGUCAGCUGCCCCGCCUCACCACUUUGAAGCUGAACGCCUGCAGCAACCUGACCGACGCUGGGGUGGCCAUGCUGACUCGGCUGGAGCGCCUCCUCACUGUGCACCUGGAUCGAUGCCAGGGAAUCACGGAUAAGGGGCUUUGCAGCCUGAGCAAAUGCAGCACAUUAACGAGCUUACGGCUGGAAAGGUGCACUGGGAUCACGGAUGAGGGGGUCCGAUUUUUGUCAAGCCUUACUCGCCUGUGCAUUUUGCAGCUGGACAUGUGCCCCAAGGUCACAGAGGAGGGCCUCGCUUCACUUAGCCAGUUGGUAGGGCUCAGCUGCUAA